ACGUGCUGCUAUAUGCCAAGAUCACCUGACAGUACCAUUGAAGGCUGCCGGCUGGGCGUGCAGAGAGAGAUUUUUUUAAAUUCCAUCAUCAUGCAAGGCAUUUCUUUGGAUGUUUUUCGAUUUGUUGUGGUGUUAACAUGGCUUGUGAUAUCCGUUGUACAUGCUGUACCAUCGAAGCCAAACAUUGUUCUUCUUUACGCUGAUGAUCUUGGUUAUGGUGAUUUAGAGGCAUACGGGCACCCGACGAGCUCAACGCCCAACAUCAACCGUCUGGCAGCCGAAGGUCUCCGGUUCACUCAGUUCUAUUCUUCGGCUCCCGUAUGCAGUCCAUCAAGGGCAGCCAUCUUGACAGGAAGAUACCAUGUUCGUUCAGGAGUCUAUCCCGGAGUGUUCGACCCCUUAUCUUCUGGAGGUCUCCCUCACAAUGAGACGACAAUAGCCGAGAUUCUCCGCCCCCUGGGCUACAGGUCGAGUAUCAUCGGCAAGUGGCAUUUAGGUGUGGGGAAGGAUGGCAUGUACCUCCCUACGACCCAAGGCUUUGACCAUUACUAUGGCAUUCCGUACUCCCAAGACUUUUGCCCAUGCCUAAUCUGUUUCUAUCCCAACGCUCCUUGUUUCGAUGGCUGUCGCACCAACGAGAGCCCAUGCCCCAUCUUCAAUGACACCGUCAUCGUAGAACAACCUGCGAAUCUCACAAACAUCGAAGAACGCUACACCACCCUCGCCAAGAAAUACAUCUCAGACAACGCAGCAGCAGGCCAGCCUUUCUUUCUCUAUUAUGCCUACCACCACGUACACCACCCACAAUUUGCUGGAGAGAGGUUCCGUAAUGCGACGGUCAGGGGCACGUUCGGGGAUGCGCUGGCAGAGUUGGAUUGGAGUAUUGGCGAGGUACUGAAUCAGCUCGACAGCAGCGGAAUAGCGGAGAACACGUUUGUAUUCUUCACCUCUGAUAAUGGCCCUAGCCUUACCCGAAAAGUAAGAGGUGGAAAUGCUGGGCUCCUCAAGUGUGGCAAAGGUACCACCUACGAGGGCGGUGUUCGUGUCCCAGCUAUUGCACGCUGGACCGGACGUAUCGAUCCAGGACGAACGAUCGAGCUUGCUGCGCAGAUCGACAUCCUGCCAACGAUUGCCAAGAUAACAGGAGCUGUUUUACCUGAAGUGAUAUUAGACGGAGUGGAUAUGAGCCCCAUAUUGUUUGAACAAAAUCAGACUUUGAGAGAAGACUACAUCUACUACCCAACAAGUGCCAACCCUGAGUUUGGGAUCUAUGCCGUACGAUGGCACCAAUACAAAGCCCACUUUUACACCCAGGGUUCUCCGGUCAGCGGCAGCACCAACCACGACAAGGAUUGCCGCCCAUCGGCCAAGCGGACAUCCCAUGAUCCUCCUCUGCUUUUCGAUCUUUACCAGGAUGCAUCAGAGCUUUACGAUCUCGGAAACAACUCUAACUAUGCAACAGUGAUUGCUCAGAUUGAACAAGUCAAGUCGAAAUUUGAAUCAACCAUGUUCUGGCCCCCGUCGGAGGUGGACAAGCCAGAAAACAAGAACCUUGAGCCGUGCUGCGACCCAGGAUGUACGCCCUUCCCAAAAUGCUGCCAGUGUCAUUCAGACGACGGACAACGGGAGAAUGGCAACGAUGGUCAUUUGCACUGGACAGAAGGGAGGUUAGGUCAGCGCUGGAGGUCAAGGCCAGUUGUUUAAGUCCAGGAACAAGAACAAGGCAGGGGCCAUAAGUAACGAUGAUUGGGGAUGAACAGACUUGUCACUACUACUGCACCAUGUGAAUGAAUCUUCAUCAGGGAAAGUUCUAGUUGCAUAUUUGACAAGGUUUGAUGGAAUAGAUAGGUCCGUCUUCUACUAAUUCUGUUAAACCUGACCCAGGGUUCUAAGAUCAUGUUUAACAGAGGAAAACUGAGACCUUGGCCUAACCGUCUUUGUUAAACCCGAUUUUGAACGAAAGCGCAGUUUUGAUCACACUGUUUUGGUAACCAAAUGUAUUCUGUUUUUGUCUUAUAUUCAAACAUUUAUUGAUUUAUAUUGUUUUAUUAUUUUUGAGUAUUUGUUCUAACCUGCAAUAUUUUAUAUAGAUGUCGAUUUGUAGAGCAUGCUAUUGUUUAAAAUGAUAUUUCCAUGUUAACAGUCAAAUCUGUUUAUUAAGGUCACCCAAGGGAAACAAAGAGAAAAAUUGGCCACUGUAGGCAAGUGGCCUUUCUAGAUGGUUUUACCACACACAUUUCUUUCUCACAAGAAAUGAAAUACAUGGCCACUAUAGACAGGUGUUCACUGAGACAGGUUUGACUGUUUGCAAAAAUUAUGUUUGUAAUGUAUGAGGAUGGUGAAGUUGAAUAGGUUGUUGGGAAAGUUAUUUGGUAUUGCAAAUGUACUAAUUUGUUCUCAUGUUUUCACAUUUAAAUGUAAUGUUAAACCAGGAGCUUUCACACAGUGACAUUUUUGCAAAAUAUUUCGGUGUAUGUUUUUUUUUCAGCAAGAAAUUUGUAUUAAUUGCGAUAACUUCAAAGUUGCUCUAAAAACCCAUCUCUUUCUAAACAGUGCUAUUUAAUCAUGUCAAUGUAGCGUAAUAAUUUGUGUUGUUUUAGUUUACUUUAUUUUAGUUAAGAAUGUAUGAGGAUGGUGAAGUUGAAUAGGUUGUUGGGAAAGUUAUUUGGUAUUGCAAAUGUACUAAUUUGUUCUCAUGUUUUCACAUUUAAAUGUAAUGUUAAACCAGGAGCUUUCACACAGUGACAUUUUUGCAAAAUAUUUUGGUGUAUGUUUUUUUUUCAGCAAGAAAUUUGUAUUAAUUGCGAUAACUUCAAAGUUGCUCUAAAAACCCAUCUCUUUCUAAACAGUGCUAUUUAAUCAUGUCAAUGUAGCGUAAUAAUUUGUGUUGUUUUAGUUUACUUUAUUUUAGUUAAGAAUGUUAUAUUUUUGUGAUAGUAAUACAUGUAUGUACAGCGCCAUGAGCGUCAGAGCCUGGCGGAUACCGGCGCUAUAUAAAUAUCCAUAUUAUUAUUGUUAACUCAAUUUUGUGUUCUAUUUAUUUUGUUAUUCGAACCACUCACAUAAUUCUCAAAAGUUAUUAGUAUUCAUGUACUGUGAGCAUCUGUGAACAUUUUUUCCAAAGUAUUUUCAUAUUGCUUAGAUGCAGAUGAAGGCAAUAUAAUCUCAUUUCACCCAAAUCAAAGAGAGAUAUGUGAUAUAAAUGAUGAUGAAAUAUAACUUUGGAUUGCUAGGUGAAACCAUGUUGGUUUCUAGAUGCAGUAUCAUGUUAUUAUACUAACAGUAUUGUCACAACAAGGUGAAAUUAGAUUUAAAAAUAAUUUCUUAAAAUCAUAACAACUCAACAGAAACAACAGUCAAAACAAAGCAAAAUAAAAUACCUGUAAAGAUGGUCAUAGGUUUUUGAUUAAAAAAAAUCAACUCUAUUACAAUUCAGUCCUCUGUGCAUGCCCAUUAUUAACAUUUACAUACAUGAAUAAGUGUAAGGUUCAUAACAGUAUUAUUUAAUUAUUGAAGAAGAUUGUAGUGGUAUAUAUGUUAAUAAAUUUAUGGUGAAUCUAUGGUAGGUGAAAAUAAAAGAAUAUAUUUUCAUUACACUUUUA